CGAGGCGGCUGGCAGGCCGGUGCUGCGAUGGCUAUCGCGGGCCGCGCCUCGUAUCACCUUAUCAGCCCUUAUCACUUAUCAGUCGUCGCGAAACCUAUCGAAUUUCAGUUGAUUCACGAUCGUGCAAAUAUUAAGUGUGUGUGAUUUUAAUUGGCGAUGAUGUACAGUGCUGUAUUGUUGUGGGUCUGUUUUGUUUCGUAUGUCUGUACUCAAGUACAAGAGCAAUUGAAGAAUAAACUAGUAUGUAUCGAGCACGAGGAAUGUGGUCCCUGUCUGUCUGCAGCUGUCCACUGCCGAUGGUGUGCUGACCCCUACUACCCUUCCACGGCUCCGAGGUGUAAUGACGACGAGAGUUUAGUGGCCUUUGGAUGUGGACAAAGUAUGAUCCAACGUCCUGAUAAACCUGUGUGGGAGGUUGUCGAUAACAGAAGCUUGCAAGACAUGUUCCCGGGCAGCUUAGAGGCUGUACAGAUUCAGCCGCAGAGGAUAAAGCUGUCGUUGAAACCACGUGAGACAAGAAAAAUAAAAUUUUCCUAUCGGCCAGCAAAGAAUUAUCCCCUAGAUUUAUACUAUUUGAUGGAUCUAACUUGGUCGAUGAAAGACGAUAAAGAAACACUUGUAUCUCUCAGAAAUGAUUUACCUGAGAUGCUCAAGAACUUAACUGAUAACUUCAGAUUAGGCUUCGGUAGUUUUGCCGAGAAGCCAGUAAUGCCGUUUAUUAGUGUAGAUCCUGGUCGAAAGGCGAAUCCGUGUACAGUUGAAGAAGAAGAUUGCGAAGCGACCUACAGUUACAAGCAUCAUCUCACAUUAACUCAUCAGGUGAAUGACUUCAUCGAGAGCGUCAACAAAAGUGCGGUGACGGCUAACUUGGACAAUGCUGAAGCUCAAUUGGAUGCCUUGGUACAGGCGAUAACUUGCAGAACAGAAGUGGGCUGGGCGCAGCACAGUCGGAAGAUCGUUAUCCUGUUGUCUGAUGGCUUGUUGCAUACAGCUGGUGAUGGGAAACUAGGUGGUGCUGCUUUGAAAAAUGAUGAAACUUGUCAUCUGGAUGAAAACGGAUAUUAUUCUGAAGCAGCAAAGUAUGACUAUCCUUCGAUUGCUCAAGUAUAUCGCCUCUUAGAUAAGUAUAAGGUGAACGUAAUAUUUGCUGUAACAGAAAGCGUAAAAGACCACUACGACAGCUUGCAUCAACUCCUCAGCGAUUUCACAUACAUCGCGCGGCUCGAGAGCGAUAGUUCAAACAUAUUGAAACUAGUGAAAAUGGGUUACGAAGACAUUGUGAGUGUCGUCGACUUCGAAGAUGACGCCAAUUUGGGCCCCGUGAAGGUCAAGUACUUUACCGAUUGUGGAGUGAAAGGUGGUCAGUUGAUUGAGACUCAUCGGUGCGCCGGCGUCGAGUACGGCAUGACCCUUCGUUACGAGGCCCAUCUUACGUUGGAAUCUUGUCCCGAAUACAAAAAGCUACAGCAGACUAUAACGCUAUUGGAGAGUCAAUUAGGAGAAGAUAACUUGAGAUUGGAGGUGGAGAUCCAGUGUGGCUGUGAUUGUGAGAGUGACCUCAUCAAAGAUAUGUCUCUGUCGUGCCCGAACCAUUCGCAUCUCGUGUGCGGUGUUUGUCAGUGCAAUAAAGGAUGGUCCGGUCCUAAAUGUGACUGCUCGAUCGAAGACGACGCCGCGUCGACUGCCUUGCUGUCACAGUGCAGGGAGCCAAACUCCACCAGAGCUAUCGCGUGUUCUGGGGCUGGUGACUGUCUGUGCGGCAAGUGCCAGUGUGACCGGGGAUCCUCUGGCAAGUUCUGCCAGUGUAAGGAUUGUGAGCUCAGUAUUGAGAAUGGUCUGGAAUGCGGUGGCGUGGGUCGCGGCACGUGCAUAUGCGGGGAGUGCUCUUGCUCGGAGGGCUGGAGCGGCGCCGCGUGCGACUGUACCGCCGACACGGAGUCCUGCGUGGCUCCUGCGGGCAACCACGUGUGCUCCGGGAACGGCGACUGUGUUUGUGGUCGUUGUGAGUGUUCGUCCACAGCAGACGGCAUCAGAUAUACCGGAAUGUUCUGCGAGACGUGCGCUACUUGUGAGAACCCGCUGUGUGCUAACGCCGAACCAUGUGUCCUCUGCCACCUCAGCAAUAACUGCUCAGAGACUUGCAGCAUCGGAAAUGUUAAUUAUACUGUCAGUGAGAGCUACCGUGAAGGUGAAUCCGAUAGCAAUGAGGUCUCCUGCAUCCUUCGUCGCGAGGAAGAUGGUAUGGAAUGUGAAUACAGAUACACCUACAAGGCCGCAGCUCAAGCUAUGAUAGCCAUGGAUAUAGUCAUCCGAUACAAAGAGUGUUUCCAACCAACCAGCGCCAAGAUUGUAACAAGUGCGUUAAUUACAAUGGCCUGCGUCAUUCUCGGGGGUGUCGUUAUUAUCUUGGCUGUGAAAAGCGCUCAGAUUGUCUCCGAUAGAAGAGCGUACGCUAAAUUUCUACAAGAAGCAGAGGAAAGUAGAAAACAUAUGCAGGAAUUGAACCCGCUUUAUAUUUCUCCAAUUUCAGAGUUCAGGUUACCAGAAGGUUUUGCAAGGGAUAAAAACGACUAGAAUAAUUGUGUUCAGUUUAUUUAGUAUUUUGUAGACCGAGAAAUUCAGUGUGUUCAUUCUGAUAUGUUACACAUAUUGUUGAAUGUUGAAGGUCAUCCAUCUCUAGUAUUCUAACCAUUUUAAGUUAUUAGAUUAUAUUUAAUUGUUCAUAAUACUAUUAUUAGGUACUUGUUUACAGUGCAUGAGGAUUGAUACUUGCUAUAAUUACAUAAUCACUUUUUUUUAACCCACUCAAGUAUGUCAAAACGUUUCAAUAAUAUUAGUAAUCACUGUACAAUUCAUAUUCAUUGUAUGAAAUAAAUUUAAUGUAAAAUGCUGAAACUGCUAAUAUAGAUUUAAAAGAGUGGCAAUCGGCUUUUUUCCACUUCUCAACUUUUCCGAAGUAUCCGACAUAUUUUCUAGUAGGUAUGAAAAUAUUUAAGACUUGACUUAAAGUUCUUAGUUACCAGGUUAUAAAUUAAAAAAAAAAAUAAAUAGUUACGGGUAAUUUUAACCAAGUUUUGUUUUGUUUUAGUUUGUUUCUUGUUAACAUAAUAUUAUUAUUUCAAUAUUUAAAUGUUAUACUAAUUUAUUGUUUAUUUCAAAAUACAGUUUAAUUAAAAUUACUACUAUUGACAGAUCGAAGUUCGAAUGUUAUAACGUCAUUGAAUGUUGUUUACUUCCGGCCGUUUUCAAAAACGUAUCUCUAGUUACGGAUACAUUGCUGUCACCGUUUAAUGACACGAUCUUAUCUAUCCAUAAUUAUGUCCAAUAUACUUAUAGUACAAUUCAAGUCCAAUGCUUUAUGGCGAUAGGUUAUAUGUAAGUAAGCGUUUGAAGGAUAGAUUUGUCUAGUAAAUUAAACUAAGGAUAGAUAGGUUAUUGAAAACGGCCGUUAGAUAAUUUAUACAACAUUCUCUUCCUACAUUUUGUUCCCUACGAGUGUUUGACAUUACCUAUUACAUAUUUUAAGCAUUCAACGAGGUUCUUUGUAAUUCUGCUCUUGUAAUCUCUCUGCCUUAUGAUAAGCCGAUAUUUAUAUAACUGAAUUAAUGAACGAUUUUACUAGUCCUAUAAUAUAAGGUAUAUAUAAUAAGUACAAAUUAUUUAUACAUAAUAAUUAAAUCAGAGAAUAAUUAUCAAAAUAAAAAACUGGAUUUAUU